AUGCCUGCCACCAACGGAGUCACCGGCGAUGCCUUCGCCAUCCACAACGAGGGUGCUUUCCUCUUCACCUCCGAGUCCGUCGGUGAGGGCCACCCCGACAAGAUCGCUGACCAGGUCUCCGACUCCAUUCUGGACGCCUGUCUGGCUGAGGACCCCCUCUCCAAGGUUGCUUGCGAGACUGCCACCAAGACCGGUAUGAUCAUGGUCUUUGGUGAGAUCACCACCAAGGCCAAGCUCGACUACCAGAAGGUCGUGAGAGACGCCAUCAAGGACAUCGGCUACGACUCGUCCGACAAGGGGUUCGACUACAAGACCUGCAACCUGCUCGUCGCCAUCGAGCAGCAGUCCCCCGACAUUGCCCAGGGUCUGCACUACGACCAGGCCCUUGAGCAGCUCGGUGCCGGUGACCAGGGUCUCAUGUUCGGCUAUGCCACCGACGAGACCCCCGAGAUGCACCCCCUCAGCCACUUGCUCGCCCACAAGCUCAACAAGGCCAUGUCGGAUGCCCGCCGCGACGGCUCCCUGCCCUGGUUGCGCCCCGACACCAAGACCCAGGUCACCAUGGAGUACAAGCACGAUGGCGGUGCCGUCGUCCCCCUCCGAGUCCACACCAUUGUCGUCUCCGCCCAGCACAGCGAGGACAUCACCACCGAGCAGCUGCGCAAGGAAAUCACCGAGAAGAUCUGCAAGAAGGUCAUCCCUGCUCAGUACCUCGACGAGAAGACCGUCUACCACAUUCAACCCAGUGGACUGUUCAUCAUUGGUGGCCCCCAGGGUGACGCCGGUCUGACCGGUCGCAAGAUCAUUGUCGACACCUACGGUGGCUGGGGUGCCCACGGUGGUGGUGCCUUCUCCGGCAAGGACUUCUCCAAGGUCGACCGUUCGGCUGCCUACCUCGCCAGAUGGAUUGCCAAGUCCCUCGUCCACGCCAAGCUCGCCCGCCGUGCCUUGGUCCAGCUUUCCUACGCCAUUGGUGUCGCCGAGCCUUGCUCUGUCUACGUCGACAGCUACGGCACUUCUGACAAGACUGCCCAGGAGCUCGUUGAGAUUGUCCGCAACAACUUCGACAUGCGCCCCGGUGUCAUUGUCAAGCAGCUUGACCUCGCCAAGCCCAUCUACUACCAGACUGCCAAGUUUGGUCACUUCGGAACCAACCCCGACUUCAGCUGGGAGAAGCCCAAGGAGUUGAAGUUCUAG